AUUAAAGAUGGCGGACCAGUGAGUGCAUGGGGUCCACUCGGUCCGCUAUGCACCUUUUCUUCGUCGAUGAAGGAUAGAUCUUUUUUCCUAUAAAACUGCAUUUUCUCGAAAAGGUCCAAAUGUUCCGCCGGUCGAGGUUCAGUGCGCGUCCCAACGUCAGCACUUUAGGGAGAACAGCCUCGGCAGCAUCUCAGGAAACCCCUGCAGCGAACCAGGAGGCUGGUGAGACCAUAAAAGAAGCUGGCGAGAACGUCAGUGCUGCUGCUGCAGCGACAAACAAAACCGAUGUGACCCCGAUAUCUUCAGGAGAUGGCAAUGAGCAAAAUGUGGAAGGUGCCAGCUCCUCAGCAGCAGUGCAGAGAAGGAAACGUUUUUCUGUCAAGCCCAAAGUGGCUCCUGGUCGGCUUCCUGCCCUUUCCCGGACCCCGAAAUCCCCCAUCAAGGCAGCGUCCGUGGCACGCGUUGACUCCCAUGGCUCAGACUUCAACCAGCCAUCGACAUCCAGCCAGAGUGGCGCCGCAGCAGCCCCUCAAGGACUUCAGUCCCCGAGGCGGCGAAGGCAGUCUGAAGACGGCAACCAGCUGAAGAUGCCGCCCAAAACCUCUGAGACUUCAGGUCCCACAGCUGAAGAGUCACCGGAUCAAAGCCGCCUGUCACCAGACAGCAGCAAAAUGUCUGAAAACUCUUCAGGCGUUCAGCGUAAAGAAUCUCCUUUCAAAGUACCACCCUCUCUACCUGACAAAGAGGCUACAGAAAUAUCAGAGAAAGCCAAGACUCUCGUGUCGUCCAAACACGUGUCUUCGCUGAAAUCAUCUGCGCUCUCGUUGACGAGGCUGCUGAACAGCCCGUCGGACCUGCAGAGGCUGGCCAAGGCCCAGAAACUCAGAGAGUUGCUCAAACAGGAGCAAUCAAAAGAAAAGAGACAGAAGAGAGCCAAGUCUCGUCCGAAGGAAUUUACUUUAGAUCCGGCGAAAAUGACCAUGAGGGACCUUAUCUAUUACCUUCCAACAUCUAACCCCAUGUUAUCCAGUCUAGACGAAGAUCAAGAGAACGAGACUGAGGUCCCACCAUCACCAGGAAGAGAAGAGUCUCCUGAACAAGCCAAGGAACCUAAAAUCCUCCCCAACAAGGCAGUUUCAGGGGAAGAGGAAGAGGCGGCGGUGGUGGAUGAAGAGGAGGAGGAGGAUGAUGCAAUCAUGGUCCCUCAGGUCAGAGUAGCAGAAGAUGGCACGCUGAUCAUUGAUGAAGAAAGCUUGACAGUUGAAGUCAAGCGAGCCAAAGGGCCAAACCCGGCCGAGGGGCGGGACCCCAUCUUUGAACGCGGCUCCACUACAACGUACUCAAGUUUCAGGAAGGGGACCUACACAAAACCCUGGUCUGCUGAAGAGACGGACAUGUUCUUCCUGGCCAUCAGCAUGGUGGGAACGGACUUCUCCAUGAUCUGCCAACUGUUUCCACACAGAGCUCGAUCUGAAAUAAAGAACAAAUUCAAAAGGGAAGAGCGAGAGAACUCAUGGAGGAUUGAUAAGGCUUUCAAAGAUAGACGCAAACUGGACAUAGAUUGCUUUUCUAAGCUGCUGGAGAAAGUUUUGGAAGUACAGAAAGACAGGAAAAAGCUGAAGUCGCUUGUUGAGAAGAACACCCCCAAGAAAAGCAAAACCAAGGCGAAAGGCAAAAAAUCUGCAAAUAAACUGAGUGAUAUUGAAGAGGAGGAAGAUGAAAAUAAAGUUCUUGAGCUGGAGGAAGGAGGAGAGAAAGAGAACGACGACCAGUCGGUGGAAGGAGGCGUCCCCGCUCCUGAGCCAAAGAAGAAAUGCAAAAGAAAGACUAAAGCGAGCGUUUUGAACGAGGAACCCACGAACAAGAAAAACAAAACAGACGAAGCCGGCGUGCCUGAAGACUCAGAGGCGGCGCUUCCUGAGGACCAAACAAAUGACACGUCGGACAAGACGGAAAAUGUCCCAACUAUUAAGCCAGCGAAGCUCUGUCGGAGCAGAGCGCCGAAGCCUCUGGUUCCUCUGGGUCUAAAGCGAGGUAAAAAGCCUCCGCCCACCUUGAAGGACAAGGAGACGCCGUCGGACAAAGAUGGCGAGAACGCGAGGGGUGAAGUCUCCAACGAGCAGGAGAAUAACGACGAAUCCCAGGCGAGCCAGUCCAAUAAGAAGAUGUCAGAUGACACUUCAGAAGAAGAAGAAGAAGAUACUCCAGUUAAACCUCAGAAACCAACGAGAUAUGGCAGGGUGCCUAAACCCACCCAGCCCCUGAAUUACCCCCCCGAAGAGGAACCCCAACCCUCCGACUCUGAAACUAGUCUCCAAAAGUCCAAACCCAAAUCCAGCCUCAAGAGGGGGAAAGCAUCAAAGCAGCAGCCGGCCGAAAAGUCCAAGAAAGCCAAACUGAUCACCCUCAGGUCGUCCAGGUCAGAGUUCAGCGACGAGGACAAUGACAACCAGGAAGAGACGGGGGAGCAGGCCUCAUGCAGCUCCAGCAGCAGCAACGCGCCUCUGUUUGUGCCCGACAGCCUGCACGCCGCAAACGCUGAGAUCACAGAGGUGGAUGAGAACAUGGUGGAGCUUGAAAUCUUGGCCAGUAUGCCCGAUGUACUGGGCAUUUCCCAAGAUGCACUGUGCCCUGAUUCAUCUUGUCAUCAGGCACAACAUGAGACAGGCACUGCUGAGCCAUGUGAACAUCAGCUGGACCUGCUGGUUGAUGUUAUAGAUUUUCUGUCGUCGGAACAUGCAGAAGUUUCUCACGACGAGAGCUACACUGAGGCCGCUCAAGCGCUUCUGACCAUUGGCAACAUGCCUCACGUGACUCAGUCAGCGCAGAGUGAACUGUCCCUGCAAGAUUACACAACAGGGGCGACAUGGGACGGUGGGAAUGGACCCAGCCAGACCGAAGAAGAGACUCUCCCUCAUUCUGUGUCUGCCGAUUUUAGUCAAAGACUCACAGAAACGUCAGCGAACGCUUCCGCUGAGGAGUUACAAGGCAGCGGAGCUGACGGUUGGGACACGUCUCAUACUAGAACCAGUGAGCAAACAUUGGUUGAGCUGCAGACCGUCUGUAUGGAUCCUACCCCUCCAGUACAGCCAGAUCCAAACGUCCCGCCUACCAAGGCUGGACGCUCUUCUAAGGUGAAACCUAAGCCACACCUUGGCAGAACAUCAAGGGCUGUGCAACCGGUGUCCCAUGCAGAGAUAUCACCGGGAGAGAGCCACUUAGCUGCUCCGCCAUCUGAUACGCCUUCAGCUGCUGAAGAAACGGCCCCAGAGAUAUCACAAUCUGCAGCAUUGUUAGAAGAUCCCCUUCUCCUUACUGAAGUCAAAGUAACGGAAGAACCAUCUGACAACAAGAAAUUGGAAGUCGAAUCGGGUGCACCAUCAUCAGAUCAGAGUUCUUGCAGCUUCUCUGAACCACAGAGUGAACCCAGUAGGGAGCAGGUCACCACAGAUGCAACGUCCACAGAAGAAUCUCAUGUUGGAUCAGCAGAGACUGGUUUUAAUAAACCGGCGACUUCAGAUCCAGCAACAACGGGGGCCGAGCAAGAGUCUUGCAGGGAUGCAGCUCCGGUUCAGGAGACUGGUGACAAACCGCCUGCAGAAGAUUUAACUCCCAGUCAGAAAGGUGGAGGUGAAGUUGCAGGUCCCUCUCAGUCUAGGAGGAGCAGGUUGCCAAAGGUCAAACCCAAACCCAACUUGCCACAGACAUCCAGAGCUGCAAAAUAUAAACCUCAAGCCACAGAAGAUGCUGUCGACCAAGACUCUGCUCCAACUCCGACAGCAAAGGUGGAUCCAGAACCAACAUGUUCCCCAUCUCCUACUUCCACACCUGCAGAGGAACCCCCUGCAAAUGAGGAGAUAAAGAUGCAUGCUGGACUGGCAGUAUUAGAUGCACCAUCAUCAGAUCAGAGCGCCACAGGAAACCAGAACAUCACCGAACCCCAGUGUGAACCCAGUAGGGAGCAGGUCACCACAGAUGCAAAGUCCACAGAAGAAUCUCAUGUUGGAUCAGCAGAGACUGCUUUUAAUAAACCAGUGACUUCAGAUCCAACAACAACGGGGGCCGAGCAAGAGUCUUGCAGGGAAGCAGCCCCGGUUCAGGAGACUGGUGACAAACCGCCUGCAGAAGAUUUAACUCCCAGUCAGAAAGGUGGAGGUGAAGUUGCAGGUCCCUCUCAGUCUAGGAGGAGCAGGUUGCCAAAGGUCAAACCCAAACCCAACUUGCCACAGACAUCCAGAGCUGCAAAGUCCAAACCUCAAGCCACAGAAGCUGCUGUAGACCAAGACUCUGCUCCAACUCCGACACAACCAACAUGUUCCCCAUCUCCUACUUCCACACCUGCAGAGGAACCCCCUGCAAAAGAGGAGAUAAAGAUGCAUGCUGGACUGGCAGUAUUAGAUGCACCAUCAUCAGAUCAGAGCGUCACAGGAAACCAGAACAUCUCUGAACCCCAGAGUGAACCCAGUAAGGAGCAGGUCACCACAGAUGCAACGUCCACAGAAGAAUCUCAUGUUGGAUCAGCAGAGACUGGUUUUAAUAAACCGGCGACUUCAGAUCCAGCAACAACGGGGGCCGAGCAAGAGUCUUGCAGGGAUGCAGCCCCGGUUCAGGAGACUGGUGACAAACCGCCUGCAGAAGAUUUAACUCCCAGUCAGAAAGGUGGAGGUGAAGUUGCAGGUCCCUCUCAGUCUAGGAGGAGCAGGUUGCCAAAGGUCAAACCAAACUUACGACUGACAUCAAGAGCUGCUAAGUCCAAACCUCAAGCCACAGAAGAUGCUGUAGACCAAGACUCUGCUCCAACUCCGACAGCAAAGGUGGAUCCACAACCAACAUGUUCCCCAUCUCCUACUUCCACACCUGCAGAGAAACCCCCUGCAAAUGAGGAGAUAAAGAUGCAUGCUGGACUCUUUGACCCGGCAGUAUUAGAUGCACCAUCAUCAGAUCAGAGCGUCACAGGAAACCAGAACAUCUCCGAACCACAGAGUGAACCCAGUAAGGAGCAGGUCACCAGAGAGACUGGAUCAAUCUCUGGUUUUACAGAAGAAAAUCUGGCCAGUCACGGUGGAGCUCCAGAAAGUGGCUGUAGAAAUGCAGCGUUAACUGAUGUAGCAGUCACAGAACCACCAGAUGGAAAAGGUUCAACUGUAUAUUCAGGAGGAACCGCUGAUCCUGCUGAGACGACUGCACCUGAAGAAGAGUCCAUGGUCGGCCAGCAAGAGAGAGAGGCUGCAACUGCUUCCCUACUUCAACCCAGCCUAGCACAAACAUUAAGAGCUGCAAGACCUAAACCUCAAACCGCAGAAAAGUCAAUAGAGAAAGACUCAAAUCCUGAAUUCAUUAUAAAUACAAUAGCAGAUGCAGAACUGACAUGCACUCCCUCUGUUAUAAAUCCUGCUUCAGUCAACAGCGAGGAGAAAAAGACGUAUGCUGGACCUGUGGAUCAGACGGAGACGGUGGCGAACACAUCAGGUCAGAGUGCCACAGAGAGCCUGACGGUUUCUGAAGUCCAGACUGAGCCCAGUGGAGAGCCGGCGGCCACAGAGCCGUCUACUGGAACUGAAUCUCAAAGCGGACAAGGUUCAAAUUCAACAUCUGUCCAGGACGAAAGCGGCCACCUCGGUGCAUUUGAUACAUCUGCAGGCGAGUCAUCAGUCAGUAGAGGAGAGACUGAAGACACAUCUCAAUGUCAGCGGAGGAGGAGUCGAUUGCAAAGACCCAAACCAAACCUGCAACAGGCUCCAAAAACAUCAGGGCUUCAACCUCAAGCCAAGAAUGAGCCCGCGGAGAAAGAUUUGAGCGCUAGUCCGACACCUCAAUUCAGAAAAACAAUAUCAGAGGUGGAACCACAAGAUGCUUCUUUACCUGAAAAACACAGUGGAAGCACCGAUGUUGGACCUGUCAGUAAGGAAGACUUGGGUGGAUUAAGAUCAGAUCCGGUAGCUUCAGAAGACCAGAGCAUCUCAGGAGUCCAGCUUGAGCCCAGUACGGAGCAGGUCACGGAUGAAAACCUGGCACAUCGCGCUGGAGCAGCCGAGAGUAGUUUAAAUAAUGUGACGUCAGCUGACACGGCAGCCACAGAACCACAAGGUGGACUAAGCCCAAAUGUGAAUUCAGCAUCAGUCCAGAAACAAAGUGAGAAGCCCUCGACAUCUGACACCUCCGUGGGCAAGUCCUCCGUCAGUACGGAAGAGGCGCAGGUCGCAUCUGCUUCUCAAACAAGAAGGAGUCGAUUCCCAAAACCCAAACCAAACCUCCCGCAGACAUCAAGAGCAGCAAGGCUCAGACCUCAAACCCCUAAAGGGACAGUAAGUCCCAGUCCAAAAGCCGAGUUGACUAAAACCACAACAGCAGAGGUGCAACCACAGCUGCCGGGGACCAGUCUGCCCCGGGUGGCAGGUAAAAACACACCUGGCGGGCUCCUGCAGGCUGUGGACGAAUCCCAAAGUUCCAGCCCUCGGCCCGAACCCUCUGAUGACGACACACUAGCAGAGGCAGAAGCGAGAUCAACUCAAGCUAAAUCAGCAGUUUCAGAAACACCAGUGGAAUCGGCGUCGGCUCAGAAAUGCACAGAGGAACCAUCUUCUGCUGAGGAACUGCUGAGAACAAACGCAGCAAACGUGACUAGUUUAGAGGCUGCAGAACAACAUGAAGCUCCCAGGUAG